AUGAAUACACCGUUGUCGGAGUACAUCCAGAAGGUUUGCCUGCUGGUGAAUUCGGAGGACUCACAAAAAUUCAGGACCUGCAUUACCAUUAAUCCUGGGAUUAACGAAGGUACUAUCAGAGCUCAUUUCCCAGAGCCCAAUGAUUUCGAUCUCUAUCCUGUCCCAGAAAAGUUUCGUAAUGUUAUUCGAAGUUAUUUGAAGUUGAUGAAAUCGGUUUAUAUUGCUAACAAUAUCAAUGCGUCAUUUUUCGAUUUGAAUGAAAUGGUGAAUAAUUUGAACAGAGCAGCAGACACACAGACUAAUUGGAUCAAUAAACCGCUUAUCAAUGCAUGCACCGAGUUAAUAAGCGUUUACCAGGUAAGGCUGAAGAAUUUUCCGGAGGAAGAAGAAAUAGAGCUUUCUAAUUUGGAAAAUAACGAGUAUGGCACCUCAUCUUCCUCGUUGGAGCGUCUAGCUGCUACGAUAAAUGGGCUGUUUAAGUUGUCAUUAAAUGAUAAGAAUCUUGAUUUGACUCAAUCGAAAAGGUUAGAUAUUUAUUUUUUCUUGGGGAAUCUCAUUAAGAUUUACUUCAAGCUAGGUAAGUUAGAGUUGGCGAAGUCUGUUGAAAAGGCCUUAAAAGGUACGAGAUUCAACUUACCCAAAUUGAAUGGUGCCGGCUCCUCAAAAAGGUACGCUGUUACAUACUUGUAUUAUAGCGCAUUACUUUCGCUUGAUGACGCAGAUUUCGCUGCUAGUGAAGAGAAGUUAGUAAAGGCAAUGGAGAUUUUGUCUUGCUAUUCAGAUCCCAAAAACGUGAAACAUCAAACAGAGAAAAUAUUGAUUGUUUUGUUGCCACUAAAGCUUUACAACAAACGGUUGUCUCCAUCGAACGAAAUGUGGGAGAAAUUUCCAAACCUAAAGUUAAUAUACAAGGACAAUUUGUUUGAUGCCAUAAAGAAUGGUAACUUAAAAAAAUUCGACCAAGCCUUAACCAAAUACCAAUUAAUAUUGUUAAAGAGGCAUCUUUAUCUUUUAUUUGAAAUGAUGAAAUCUUUAUGCUAUCUAAAACUUGUCAAAAAGACCGUCUCAAUAAUUAAUUCGCUAAACUCAGAAACUAAAUCUCAUAUUAUACCACUAAGUGCUAUUCAAUUAGCUCUAGAAUUUUCAACAAAACAUAAAUAUGAUGAUUCCAACUUCGCAUAUAGCUUGGAUUCAGUCGAAUGUAUUUUGGCAAAUCUAAUAAGUAGUGGUAAGAUAAAGGGUUAUCUAUCUCAUGCUAACAGGUGUAUGGUGCUAUCAAAAGCUAACGCUUUUCCUAGUCUAGAAUUUAAAUAA